AUGAAAAUAGAUAAGAAUGGUCAUAUUGUUGUGGAUGAUUAUCAGAAUACUUCACUGAAAGGCUUCUAUGCGCUCGGUGACGUUUGCGGGAAAUAUAUGUUGACACCAGUGGCUAUUGCGGCUGGACGUCGCUUGGCUCAUCGACUCUUCAAUGGUGAAACAGAGAAUCAUCUAUCGUACGAGAAUAUUCCAACAGUGGUGUUCAGUCAUCCAACCAUUGGCACAGUAGGUCUAAGUGAAGCGGAAGCAGUGAAGAAAUACGGCAAGGAUCAGUUGACAAUAUAUCGGUCGAAGUUCAAUCCGAUGUAUUUCGCAGUAACCGAGCAUAAACAAGCGUGUACGAUGAAGAUGAUCUGUGCGGGCAGCGAAGAGAAAGUGGUGGGUUUGCAUAUAAUCGGUGAGGGCAGUGAUGAGAUGCUGCAAGGAUUUGCUGUGGCCGUACAAAUGGGCGCUAGAAAACGAGAUUUCGACAAUACGGUAGCAAUUCAUCCGACCAGCGCUGAAGAGUUGGUGACGUUGCGGGGUGGAAAGAAACCUGAAUGA